UUUGCAUGCUUGGGCCUUGAGUUUUGCUGAACAGUCGUCGAUACCACAGUCAUCGUUGCAGCCACGAGUUUUACAGCAGCAGGAGAAUAUUUUUGAUGUGAAGUUUCCUUUCCAAUAUUAAAGAGAAUUAGUUGAACAAAGCGUAAUUUUCAUCAAUUAAAUAUGAAUGCUGAGAAAUUAAAGCGUCUGCAAACGCAGGUGCGCAUAGGCGGUAAGGGCACGGCACGUCGUAAAAAAAAGGUUAUGCAUCAGACAGCCACAACGGAUGAUAAAAAGUUGCAGAGUUCCUUAAAGAAGUUAUCGGUUAGCACUAUACCGGGCAUUGAGGAGGUUAACAUAAUCAAAGACGAUCUAACCGUAAUACAUUUCAAUAAUCCAAAAGCGCAGGCAUCUCUCUCUGCUAAUACUUUUGCUGUUACCGGGCAUGGAGAGACAAAGAAAAUUGUGGAAAUGCUGCCGGAGAUACUGCCACAGUUGGGUCAAGAGACGGUGGUGCAGCUGCGCAUGUUCGCUAAUUCAAUGUCUGGUGCAAAGAAGGCGGGAAGUGCUGCAAGCGUUGGUGAUGCGAGCGUGGGCACAAAUAUGCUGUAUAGUGUUGUAGAGGAAGACGAUGUGCCGAUGUUGGUGAGCGAUUUCGAUGAGGUGGCCAAAGUAGAGGCUGAGAAAACGGCAGUAGCAAAAGCAGCUAUCGUUGAACAACCGUCAAGUGAAUAUGAAAAAGACGAAAAUAUUCUUCAAAACAAUGCUGACAUCAAAGAAGAAUCGGUUGAAGUAUUGCCAACAUUAUCGGAGGAACUAGUUAAGAGUGAAAUAAUCGAUGAAACUGUAAAAAAAAUAGGUGAUUCUCAACUGUCAGAAAAUUUGAAUUUGAAUAUACGACUAAACGAAGAGCCUGGACAAAAGAGCUUAAACAUUAAAGCAGUUAAUAAUGAAAAUGAAAGUAGGAAACAACAAGCACAUAUUAAGCAACAAAACAAAAAUAAAAGUGAAAAGGAAAAUUUGACAAAUUUGAAAACUGAAAAGAAAACUCAGCAAAAGCAGGAAGCCUCAAAGCAAAAGCCUAAACCUGAAGAUAAACCACACAAAAGCUUAAAAGAAAAUAAGAAACCUGAUGAGACCAAGUUAAGUAGCGUUAAUUUAAAAAAAGAGGAAAAGAGAGAAGAUGAUAAAACGGAAAAGGAAGUCCAAGAAAUAGUUAUUAAAAAUGUUGACAUAGAUGGCAAAUCAGAUAAACUUCCGCAGCAACAAGAAAAGCCAGUUCAAAAAAAGCAACAGCAAAAGCAAGCGAAAUCGGGGCAAGCCGCCGACAAGCAACAGGAUAAGGAAAAACAGCAGAAACCACAAACUGGGCAAAAGCAUGAAUUGAGCCAGCAAGAGAAGCAAACGGAUAUAAAAGAAACCAAAGAAAAGCUGCAGCAGUUGGAAAAAUUGGAAGCAAAAGUGCAACAAACGGGUCCAGACGCAAAAGAACAAGAGAGUCAGCAGCUGAAGGUACAAAAUACGCCGACCCAGAAACAGCUGCAGAAUGAUCAGCAGCAGAUACAAAAGCCAAAAUCGGAUCAGCAGCUACAACAGAAAAGCGAUCAGCAAACUAAACAAAAAAAUAAAUCAGGGCAGCAAAAAAAGCAAAAUCAAGAUAUGCAGCCGAAGCCGGACGUCGAACAGCGAGUGAAAAGUACGGAACAGCAAGCCUUAAAGCAACCGUCUGCCAAACAACAAGAGAAACAACUAAAUUCUCAAUUGAAAGCCACCGAAGGAAAUUCGGUAGGCAAGAAGAUAGAUCUAAAAAAAUCUAGUCCUGAAAAACAAUCAACAGAAACUCCCAUAAAUCAAAGAAAGUGGGAUGACUUGGCAGAGGCAGAGGUUAAGGGCUUACAAGAGACCAAUAAAAUAACGGUAGUACAGCAAAAUGUCAUAGCUAAGGACACAGACCAAAAACAAAAUAUUCAAUCACCUCCAGGAGAAGAGCGACAGGAUGUCGCAAAAGCUGUAGAAAAAUUAGAUGAGCAAGAUGUAAACACAAAUAACGAUAAUAUUGCGGGUGUAACCACCAAAAGGCAAGCGGAAACUGAAAUAUGCAUUGCAGAUGUAUCUAUUAAAGCUGUUGCUCUACAAUCAUUAGAGUCUACAGAGAAAAUGUUAGGGAUAGUAAAUGAAAUGACAAAAGAACUAACGGUUGAACACUUAAAAGAUCCAACUUAUAAAGACGAGAAGGAAGUAAUUUCUAAUUUUGAACUUCCGGUGGAACAGCAGAUGGAGGCAAGAGCGCCGACAGAAUCCGUGAAAAGCAUUCAAGUUCCACAACAGCUUAGCGCGUCAACUGAGGAGCAACUGCCGCCUAACACUUUAAAUACGGUUGUUAUUAAUGCAGCUGAAACGUCUGUCGAACAAAUUCAAGAUAAAAUAUUGGAAGAGGAAACUAAAGUAAAAGUUGUUGAAAAUCUCGUUGGCGCAGUAGAAGAUCUCCCUAGCAAAGGAGAAUUAGAAACAAUUCCGGAUGAUAAAAAAUUGGCAGACGAAAAAAAUACUACUGUGACUUCAUCGUACGUGGAGCCGGCUGACGAGGAGGCAAAAGAAACUAAAGAUAAAAUCUCUACAUCAGAUCAACUUGGUGAAAAAUCAACUCUGGCUCCGAUACUGCAGUUACAACCUACACCUCCAUCCACGCUACAAGAAACAAUUGAGGAACUAUUAGAUAAACAACCUUCUAUUGCAGAAAUUAUGCCGUCAGAAGCUCCACUAGUACCGUCAACGUUGCAGACGCGUGCGGAAAAUUCGCUAAGUGAUGAAGCAAAACCAAACAAUGAAGGUACCAUUGCAGCAGAUUCACCAAAUAAACAACUAACUAUGGCCGAAAUACUGCAGUCACAAAUAACACUAAACGAAGUGGUACCGCUCUCAAAACCCACAUUAACUGAUCAAUUGAAAGAUAUUCAACCUCAACCUGUGGAGUCAAUUAAUGAAGUAGAUAAAAAGGUCUUGACAUCAGAUUCAACAGUUCUCGCAUCCGAAUCAAAAGUGACUACGCCAGUACUAGUAACACCUUUGGCGGAAAAUAAAGAUUUGAAACAGGAAACUUUAGAAGAAAAAUCCGCUCCAACUAAGACAAUAAGUCCCAAGCAAAAGGCAUCUCCUCCAAAGCAGUCUUCAACUGCUAAAGCUUCUCAAGACACUACAAAACAGCAGAUGAAGGCAUUGCCUGCGAGCGAGGCAUCGAAAGUAUCGACACCAGGUGAUGCCAAACUGAAAUUAGCAACGAAGCUGCAGCCGGGACAACAGCAACAAAUACCAAAAGGAAAAUCAAAGACAGUGGUUAAUAAGUCAGCACCAACGACCCCAACUAGUCCCUCGAAGAUAUCACCCGAAAAAUUGGUACAAAAGUCAACAACUUCAAAUACAAAGCCUGGCGUCGACACCGCAGCAAAAAAGACAAACUCACCACAAAAGCAACAUCAAGUAGAUGCAACAGCAAAAGCUAAGCAGACACAAGGGGCUGGUGGAAAAACGGUACGCCAGGGUGGUGGAAGCAAUGCUUUGGUGGCAACUGGAGGUUCUAAGAAGGCAAACACGCCCCCAGCCAUAAAUAAAACCACUGUAAAUACUGAUGGAAAGCAAGAAGAAGCAGUUGCAUCGUCUCCAUCUUCACCACCAGCAACUGAAACCACUGCUAUUUCAAACCAACCAACCCCACCUAAUUAAUUCAAGUUUUUGCUCGGCAUUGCCUUUAAAUGGAGUUUAUAUAUAUUGCAAUCUACUGCAUUAUUCUUGCUCUAUCACUACAACACACACAUUAUUACUUAACUAAUAAUUCAACUUGCUAUUGCAUUUGCACUUUGUUAAUUUUUAUUUAUUUAUUAUAUUUUUCUUCGACCGCCGCGUAACUUAUUCUUAAAAAUUUUUCAAAUAUAUUUUUACUAACCUGCCCACAUCGAUGGUGCAACAUCAUACAUACACAUACAAACAUAACUAUGCAUAACUUAUUUUUCACUACUAACAGCGUUUUAAAGUCAUCGUUUUGAAAAAAAAAUUUAAUAAAAUAAAAAUGUUUCAGUGUAUAUGCAAUGCAAUAAACCAUAAGAAUUACAACAAAAAUACAUUUACUUUGAUGACAUCACUUCGUCUAGUCUAAAAUAAUUGGUAAUUGAACUUUGUGUUAUUCCAUGCACACACAUGUUUGUAUGCUUUGUAAGCAUUGUGGUAAAUUCGAAAAAUUAAAUUGAAAUUUGUAAUUAUUGUAAAAAAUAAAAUUAUAUUACUGAAACCAAA